CUCGCGCAGUCACACACUCACACACUCUCACUCUCUCUCUCUGUCUCUGUUCCAAACCUUUACCCGGGUCUAAACAUACAAACAACAACACGAGAAACAGAUCGGAUAAUCUGACACGGAUUAAGAAGUAGUCCACACAGGUGAGGUGAAGACAAGGACAAGAUCUGCAUCUACUCCCCCUAUCUGUCCAUCAACACUCCAAGUACCUUGGUGCCGGGCACCCACAGGUCAACUCAACCAUGAUGGGUGCCAAACAAUAAAAAGUCUUGACCCAGUGUCCCCUCAGACGGACUGCACAGAGCAAAUAUUUGAGGCCAUUAUAUCUCAUUUCUCCCGGCAGCUGUCACUGCAAAGAUCAACAGUGAAGGGUGUUGUUGGGAGAUAAAAAGAGAGAAGAAAAAGCGGGGGAGUAAAAAGUAACCCUUUCACAGGGCGCACACUGUGCUAUUUCUGCCACGCUGCGGGCAGAGAGCGUCUCGUAUGGGAGUGCUCAGAAAAAGCACUUCCCUUGCCCUUCCCUCAGAUCCAAAAGCCUGAGUAAAUACUUGACAGAGAUAUCCAUUUGUCUGGGCUCGAACAAAGAUACUGACUGUAUGCUAUCUAUAGAAAACAUUACAACAGACGUGGACUCUUUGGUCUCAUCUGUUACUCUCCAAGGAAUAUUCAAGGAAGAGGAGAACUGGAAUGACAGCUGUCAGACUUUUGUUCCUUUUCAAACACCACCACUAGACAUCUUCUGUGGGCUCCACUUUCAGUUUUGAUGUCUUUCUUAGCUUGGUGAGCCAACAUGAAGCCUCUUACACCAAUUGGAUCCCCGUCUCCUCUGAGGCUCCUCAACAAGGGUCCGGAUUACCUGCGCAGGCAGAUUGACGGUGGUGGUCAUGGUCGCUCCAUCAGCGCAGUGGAGAGGCUGGAGGCGGACAAAGCCAAAUAUGUAAAGACCCAACAGGUCAUCAACACCAAGCAGGAGCCUGUCUUGGUGCCCUGUGCCACACCACCACCACAGCCACGGCGAGGCAUUGCCAUUCCGGGAAGUCCGACCCUUCAUCUUCCCCCUCACUGGUCAUCCAACACUCCCUUCUCCACGCUCUCUGGCUCCUCACGAGAUGAAAAUGAGAACGACGACUCCAGGAAGGAGAACAGACGGACUUCUCUCGACACUGAUGUGCACAACAGGAGUAACGUGAAGAAUGGAAUACCUCUGAGCCCCAGGACUCCUGGAGUCAACACCUUCGUUGCACCACAUAGUGCUCCUGUUCUCAGAAGAAGCACAGGCAAACGUAUGCUGAGGCCAGACUCCCUUGUCAUCUACCGGCAAAAGAAAGAGUGCAAAAGCCCCAGUGGCAGCGCAGUGGGUGAGAACAAUAACAUGGACUUAAAGGGGUACAGCUUCGUCCGGCGCCUGUUUCAGGGCUCCAUGCGGGAGAAGAGCAGUGGAGGUGAAAGUAGAAUUCAGAAAAUGGUGAUCAGUGAAGAAAGAUUGCGGGACGGAGACUCCCGCAUGUCUUGGACCAAUGACAAAGACGUGAUGGAUGGCGCACCAGGAAGCAGAAGGUCGAGUAAAACUGACCAAGAACGCAGUCAGGGUUCAAUCUCCAGCCCUGGAUUUAGCUGCACACUUGAAUGGACUAAAAACGGAUUUGCAAAUAUUUCCAAUGAUGAGGUCAACAAUGGUGUUAUCAACGGGAACCAGCCCAGCAACCACGACGACGAAAAUGACCCGUGGAAGCGGGCAUCACCGCCGCCAAUACCCAGGCGAAGAUUUGGGGCGCUGCAUCGCUCCAAGUCGGACCUGUAUCUGCGCUGCUCUGUGGCAUUAUCAGAGCAGGAGCAUUUCUUUGACUUCUGUGGCCUGGAUGUGGACAUGAUCGAGCGUCUGGGUCGACAGAAUUUCCUCUCUGGUGCCAGCUCCAUAGACACACUCUCACUGGCCCUCCGCAGUGUUGGCGGAGACGGUUGCGGUGGGUCAGAGCCCAGCGAGUUCUCCCGUCACUCGGGAGAUGGCCUGUUUCAGGACGAGCUGACUGAGCAGCUUCCGACUGGCGUGUCGAUCAUAGAGAGAAACGCUCGUGUCAUAAAGUGGCUUUAUGGUUGUAAGAACGCUGUUAAAGAAGGACCCAAAGAGUCGACGGUUUAGUGUGAGGUUAAGGAACAAUGUGCCAUGGAGUGUUGAGAAUCUGCAAGUGUUACUGUCUUUCCAUCAGCAUCUAGUUUGAUUCUUCCUCUCUUGCUGAGGAGCAGGGAGAAGGAGCAGUGACUUGCCACAGUAUUUCACUGUUGAACUCCACAAAUAACAUUCAGAAUGGGCUAUGAUUAGCAACUGCACUGCAACACAGACGGGGGGAAAAGUAGGUCUUGUUGCUAUUUUUGAAGUGGCAAAGCUUUGCUGGGCAAAGCUGUUGUGAAGUUUUCCCUUUAAAGUUCGUGUAAAGCACUAAAACAAUGUGCUCUACUGAUCACACUGUUUCAUUAACCUCUCAGCCAAAUUUGAAUGAUUAUGAAAAUGAAAAGUACAUAAAAUCAUGUCAUUGUUUUAACCUCUUACGGUAACACAACUGAUUAUAGCAAAUCCAGCAUAUUCACUUUUAUCUAUAUGGACAUGCUAUAGCUUGUUAGCAUGUGUAGAAACGUUUCAAAUACACACAACACUGCAGCAGCUAGCAACUAAGUCACAAAAACACACAUUGUGAUUGUUAGUUUCAUGCUAACAACUAGCUUAUGCUUCCAACCAAACUUUACUGAUCUAGCAGCAGAGGAAAAAUAACAACUUCUUUCUUGCUAGCAUACUUUCUUUUAGCCAUAAUUAGCCUAUAGCGGUGGUUCAAGUGAAUCAGGCAAAUCCUGAACCAAAAAGUGAUGAAAUUCAUACUUCACUUUGUUUUCUCUUCAUUUUCUAAUAUGUGUAAUCUGUAUAAUUUUACUGGGACUUUAAAUGUCACAUGGUCAGCGACAGUGGUCGUAGUUUCAGCUGCUAAUGUCUGCACUCAGGGUUUAGAAUUCCAUGGCACAUAGUUUGUUUCUGACUCGCGACUCCAAAGAGAGCUGAGAGGACAACAACUCACGACUUAUCUUGUGUCAAAUUGAUAUAAAUAUUGUAUUUAUAAAUCCUGUGGAAGUAUCAUGUGGGUAGAGACUGAACUUAACUUUUUUAUCCCCUUGUAUUUGUACGUGUGUGUGUGUGUGGUGCUGUCCUCUCCUUCCGGUUAAAUUCGGAAGUGUCUGUGAGAUCCGAAAUCCUUGGAAUCUCCUCCCUGAAAGUGUGUGGUGCUGCACCGUGCUGGAUCGUCUAGUCUGUGCUUCCUCAGGAUGAAAACAUUGAAAAUGGGUGAUGUCUGUGGUUUUAAUACGUUUUUAAAACCAGGUUAGAUUAGGAUUAGGUGCACACGUUUACCUGGGAUAGUGCAGAUUAUUUCUGAAAUGGAGCAAAUAUACUCGUCUGGACGGAGAUUAUUAAAACCACUAAGCUAUGCGUUGCUUUUUCUGUUGUUGUGUGAGUGUGAAGUGAACCAUGAGUACCUCAGUCCAAUCUGUCCCAGUUUAGUUGGUGUGUGUUGCCAUUUCUUUCUUAUUUUGAACUCAACUUAAACGCAGGCGUUGGAACAAACAUGUGAGCGGCGCCCCCUGUGGGGCUGUUAAUGCACUGAACUGGUCACGGAGAACAAAAAUGAAAGAGAAAGAGAUUCUAAAAACACUGAGCUGGAUUCAAAAAGGAGCAUCUGUUUCAAGGAGGCAAUGUCUGGCCACUACAUGUCCCUCAUUUUCAUCUCAUUGUUGCUUAAAAAAGGGUCGAUGACGACCCGGCACACAUACACUGUCCAAUAAUGCCUGUGACACAGUCAUUGAUUAACACAGAGAGUUGCUGUGGAAACGAGGGAAGAUCGAAGAGUGCGAGCAACACUGGACUUUGGAAAGCAUUUCUUUAAAUGUCCAAUAUGCUAUACUUGAGCGCCACACAAACCAAAAAAAAUUUUUUUACAUCGACAGCCUUUUUUUUUAACUGGAAACUAAAGUUUGUAAAGUGCCUCGUCUCCCACACCAAACUCUUUUAGCUCUCAGGGACACAGGAGCUGCUCCUCACUGCUGCUGGUGAUGCUAUGACGUAAAAAUUACAUGUCAAACACAAACUCAAGAUAACAUGGAUUUUAUUAGGUCCACAAACCAAAAAUAUUCAAUUUAGUGUCAAAGAGGAGUCAAAGUGCAGAAUAUCUAUAAACAGGCUUUAGUUUCAGCCACUAAAGACGAAGCUUCACAUCAUGUAUGCACAUAGAGGUCACAUGGUGUCAUGUUGUAUAUUGGACCUGUACAUUUUUAAGGUUGUUACUUUGAACAUCUUUACAGAUGUUUAAGCCCCGCCCAUCCAGCUGAGUCCACAGGUCUCUGAUAACAUCACUGAUUCUCAGUCUGAGCUCCUGCGGUGUGUGAAGCAUGAUGAGCACGGCACAUGCUUCAAAAACCUCCUUAAACUGGACUCUUUUAUUUUGUCAUCUCCCUGUUAGAAACCGCUCGGUUGCAUGUUUACAAUGUGAAUCUCUUUCUUCUUCUGUUUUCAUAUAUAUUUACAUUUAGAAGAGAUUUGGAUUUUUAUUCCAAAUAUAUAAAGCGUGUAUGCCGUUACACAGCAAAUAAAAACACAUGAAGAAACAA